GCGCAAACAAGUGCACUCUCUGUUCCCUAACACUCUGAACCCUAUGGGACAGUAGACUGACACGACCGAAGAGAGGUCAGGCGCAGAAUCAACUGCUUUACAAGCUUUCCGAGCCACGGGGAUGAAACACCACCGAACUUCCUGACUCCGGACUAAUAAUCUGAUGCCUCGCUCCCUAUUAUAGGAAAAGAAAUAUUUAUGUAUAUAAAUACUAUGUUAUCAACCUAUCUAUCUACUCGUAUAUAUCUUCGGUGGAUUACUUAAUCUUUAUCUAAAAUUGUUGAAAGAACGUUAAUCAAAAUAUUUUUACCGAUAAGGGAGUUAUCGAACUUUAGUUUUUAUUAUUGAACAGUCCUUGUAACUGGUACAUACGUAAGCAGGUUGUUUUCUUACCAUUGUAAAUAAAUAACCGCGCGUUUACUAAUUACGAACCAAAGGUUGGCAAGAGUGAGAGGCGAGAGGUUCGCUGUUCGCCUCUAACCUAACCUAACAAACCGGGUGAGUUUCGUUCCGUUCGGAGUUUCGGAGAUCGUCCGACGUUCACCAGUUUUACCGUCGACGGGUUCUCGAUCUGUUGUGAGUUGGGUGUGUCGCUGUAUAAAAGAAUCUAUUCAACAUGAGUGGACAACAGUACUACCCCUACAAGUGCACCCCCACCGUGUACCCAGCGGAGCCCUUUGACCCCGCUGCGGAUGCCGAGACCCUCCGUAAGGCCAUGAAAGGCCUUGGAACAGAUGAGAAGGCCAUCAUUGACGUGCUGUGCAGGCGAGGAAUCGUCCAACGUUUGGAGAUCGCUGAGACUUUCAAGACUAACUACGGCAAGGACUUAAUCAGUGAGCUGAAGAGCGAGCUGACUGGCAACUUGGAGAAUGUGAUCGUGGCCUUGAUGACCCCCCUUCCCCACUACUACGCCAAGGAACUGCAUGACGCUGUCUCCGGACUCGGCACUGAUGAGGAGGCCAUCAUUGAGAUCCUCUGCACCCUCUCCAACUACGGAAUCCGUACCAUCUCGGCGUUCUACGAACAGCUGUACAACAAGAGCUUGGAAUCAGACCUGAAGGGCGACACAUCCGGCCACUUCAAGAGGCUCUGUGUGUCUCUAUGCAUGGCCAACCGUGAUGAGAACCAGGGAGUAGACGAAGGUGCCGCCAAGGCUGACGCGGAGGCGCUGGCGUCUGCCGGUGAAGGCCAGUGGGGCACUGACGAGUCUGUCUUCAACUCCAUCCUGAUCACACGCUCUUACCAACAACUCAGACAGAUCUUCGCUGAAUACGAGGGAUUGACUGGCAAGGACAUCGAAGAAACCAUCAAGAAGGAAUUCUCUGGAAGCAUCGAAAAGGGCAUGCUUGCUAUCGUAAAAUGCGUGAAGAGCAAAGUGGGCUUUUUCGCUGAACGCCUGUACUACUCGAUGAAGGGACUGGGAACCAACGACAAGACCCUUAUCAGAAUUGUCGUGAGCCGCUCUGAGAUUGACCUUGGAGACAUCAAACAGGCCUUCCUUGAAAAAUAUGGCAAACCCCUCGAAGCUGGAUUGCUGAGGAAUUAGGAGGACAUCUCGGU